AUGUCCGGUCCAAUUUACACCAACUCUCAGGGUGCUCCAAUCCCAGAGCCAUUCGCUACCCAGCGUGUUGGCCAACACGGCCCGCUUUUACUCCAGGACUUCAACUUACUUGAUUCCAUUGCCCACUUUGACAGAGAAAGAAUCCCAGAAAGAGUUGUCCAUGCCCACGGUUCCGGUGCCUUCGGUUAUUUCGAGGUCACUGACGAUAUCACUGAUAUCUGUAGCUCCAAGUUUUUGAACACCAUUGGCAAGAAGACCAGAACCUUCACCAGAUUCUCCACUGUUGGUGGUGAAAAGGGCUCUGCGGACACUGCCCGUGACCCAAGAGGUUUCGCCACCAAGUUCUACACUGAAGAAGGUAACUUGGACUGGGUCUACAACAACACUCCGGUUUUCUUUAUCAGAAAUCCUUCCAAGUUCCCUCACUUUAUCCACACUCAAAAGAGAAACCCACACACCAACUUGAAGGAUGCCAACAUGGCUUGGGACUACUGGACCGCCAACCCAGAGUGUAACCACCAGUUGGUCCACUUAUUCUCUGACCGUGGUACUCCAUUCUCCUUGCGUCAUAUGAACGGGUACUCGGGCCACACCUACAAGUGGUCUAACGCCAAGGGCGAGUGGCACUACGUCCAGGUCCACUUGGUCACCGACCAGGGUUCCAAGACUUUGUCAGCCGAAGAAGCCACCAAGUUGGCUGGUGAGAACCCGGACUACUGUCAGCAGGAUUUGUUUGAAAACAUUGCCAAGGGUAAUUUCCCAUCCUGGACCGUGUACAUCCAGACCAUGACCGAAGCCCAGGCUGCCCAGCAGAAGUUCUCCGUCUUUGAUUUGACCAAGGUCUGGCCUCACGGCGACUUCCCGUUGAGAAGAUUCGGUAAGCUCGUGUUGAACGAGAACCCAAGAAACUACUUUGCCGAAGUCGAGCAGUCCGCGUUUUCCCCAUCUCACACCGUUCCAGGCCAAGAGCCAUCUGCCGAUCCAGUCUUGCAGUCCAGAUUGUUCUCUUACCCAGACACCCACCGCCACAGAUUGGGUACCAACUACGCGUUGAUUCCGGUCAACGCUCCAAUCAACAAGCCAUUCCACCCUCACAUCAGGGACGGUGCCAUGAGCGUUGACGGCAACUUGGGUUCCCACCCUAACUACUUGGCCUACGACCACCCAGUCACUUUCAGAGCCGAGGUCCUGUUGCAGGAGAACCAGGAAGUGUGGUCCGGCCCAGCCUUGCCGUACCACUGGACCGUCACCGACGACUACGACUACGUCCAGGCCGGUAACUUGUGGAAGGUUUUGGCCAGAUACGACAACCAGCAGGCGAACUUGAUCAAGAACUUGGCCGGCUCCAUCAGCUCUUGUCGCAAGCCAAUCAGAGAACGUGCCUUUGCCUUGUGGGGUAAGGUUGACAAGGAGAUUGAGAGCAGAUUGAAGAAGGCUGUUGCCGAUAUCUUGGGCGAUGACAACAAGCUUUAA